AUGGAAAGAUCAGGCAGUAACCAGUGGAGCUCAGACUCCGAGUUCUACAGCGUUUCCUCUCCAGAAACCAUCUCACCGGCUCCAUCCGUGGACCGGAGCUUCUCUCCAACCCACCAAGACGGGAUGACGCGCUCCACAUCGUGCAAUCCAUCUCCAGCCAUCCAAGGUGUGAUCAAGAAGAAGCGCAGGUCAAGGCUGAAGAACCCGAGCGAGCAGCGACAAAAUGCCAGCGAGAAAGAAAAGUUGAGGAUGAGGGAUCUGACCAAAGCUCUUCACCAUCUCAGGACUUACCUGCCUCCGUCUGUGGCUCCUGUAGGUCAGACGCUGACCAAGAUUGAGACUCUACGCCUCACCAUAGGCUACAUCUCAUUUCUGUCCGCUCAGCUGGGUCUUAGUGAAGAAGAGCUGACCCACAGGAAACAAGUGCAUUCUGGGAACGCCUGCCAAUAUUCUUCGGAGAUCGUUGGAUAUUUUCAGUGCAGGUCUGUGGCUGGACAAUGGAGCGGGCAGGGACUGGGUUGCGGUCAAUAUGAUGGACAGUAUCAGGGUGGUGACAGCUCAAGUCUUCCAGGGCAAUGCGCUGAGAUGAACAUGGAACGGUACGACGGCUACGAAGAGCAAAACUUAAUGAAGCAAAACUUUACUGCAAACUUAGAAAACUUUAUUCAAUCACAACAGUGUGCUCAAACAACACAGACAUAUCAGGUUCAUGGCAGAAAGUUUGGAUAUCAACUCGUUCCUCAGGCUUACUGGAGCUGA